AUAACAAUUCGGUUUUUUACAUUUUAACCACGACGAGUACCAGUUCCGUAGCCACAAUAUUUCAAAUUAACCCUGGCAAAUCGAAGUUUUUAGCCAACGUUAGCUGCGCAAUGCUUGGUAGCUAAGCUAACUAAAUUAGCCCCCUAAUGCUAGUUUCCUGUACGCGUCAAUGAAUGGCGGAGGCAAAUGAACGCAUCAGUCAACAAUGUACAAUACUAACCAAUUUGGGAGGUUAGUGAUGGAUAAUUUCAAAAAGAUCGAAAUACCUUCAGUGGCUGAAUACUGCUCGGCGUGAGUCCGCUCGGUUGGAAGUGCAGCAUCGCGAAGAGAUCAUGUGUUACACAGGUACACACACCGAGCUAGGUUAGCACUUACAGCUAACGUCGCCAUCCUGGAUUGUAAUUCUUUGAAUUUACAAGAAGGUAUGAGUUUUGCCAUCAAAUAAUGGAGAAAGUCGUCUACUCACCCCGAUCGUCUAUCUCCUCCGUGAGAGAAGCGUGAUGGCGUUUUGGACUGACACUGCCCUCUGUACCCUGUAGGUGAGGCGACAAAGCGCCGCAAAUCCAAGCUUUUUGCAUGAAUCCUAGCUGGAAUAACGUUCAAAAUAGCUCCAUUUCAUCCCUUAUCCGAAACGUCAUUGACGUUUUUUACACCAAGGAAGAUGAUGGAGGAAGUUCCACGCGAGGAGGAACAUUUGGAUUCAGUCAUGGCCUGGUGAAAGCAACUUGGAAAUAUUUACUAAAACACAUUUACAAGACUUCUUGAGGGGGAGGGAAAAAAAAAAAAAAACAUCCAAACAUGUCUGCCAUCGGCGAGUUUGUGCCCCCUCCGGAAUGUCCCGUUUUUGAGCCAAGUUGGGAGGAUUUCUCGGACCCCCUUGGAUUUAUCAACAAGAUCCGACCCAUCGCUGAGAAAACUGGCAUCUGCAAGAUCAGACCCCCGGAGGACUGGCAGCCUCCGUUUGCGUGCGACGUGCGUCACUUCCGGUUUACUCCUCGAGUCCAAAGAUUGAAUGAACUUGAGGCACUCACUCGGGUUAAGCUCAAUUUUCUGGAUCAAAUUGCCAAAUUCUGGGAACUGCAGGGAUCCAAGAUUCGUUUCCCCCACGUGGAGCGAAAGGUCCUAGACCUGUAUCAACUCAGCAAGGUUGUGUCAUCCGAAGGUGGCUUUGUGACCGCGUGUAAAGAGAAGAGGUGGUCCAAAGUGAGCAGCCGAAUGGGCUUCCCGCCAGGGAAAGGCACCGGCUCACUCUUGCGGUCCCAUUACGAAAGGAUCCUUUACCCCUACGAGCUCUUCCAGUCCGGAGCCACUCUAACCGGCAUCCAGCAACUGUACGAGGAUGGAGACGACGGCGAGGAAGUCGAUGAAGGAGUCGGCGAGGAGGCCACGGAGGAGGACGAGCAAGAGGAAGACGAGGACAAAGACGGAGAGGUUGAUGCAGCGCAGGUGAAAGAGCGCCCGUUGGCCGAAAGACGCUCAAGGCGACUUAAAUCAGAGAGGGAAAACAAAGAACCCAAAGGCCUCAAACUCUUCGGUGCCAGUCCCAAGAUGGUGGACUUAGAAAUUGUGUCAGCAGACGACGGCUACACCAAAAAACAUCGUCACCUCAAAGCUCAAGCCUUCGCCAUCAAAAUGAGACCACGCAAGGAGACGCUCGAAGUCAACUUUAUCGACCUAUACUUCUGUCUGAUGUGCGGGCGUGGCGACGAGGAGGACCGCCUGCUCCUGUGCGACGGCUGCGACGACAGCUACCACACCUUCUGCCUGAUUCCACCUCUCCAUGAUGUCCCCAAAGGUGACUGGCGCUGCCCCAAGUGUGUCGCCGAGGAGUGCAGUAAGCCCAGAGAGGCGUUUGGCUUUGAGCAGGCGGUGAGGGAAUACUCGCUCCAAAGUUUCGGAGAAAUGGCCGACCAGUUCAAGUCGGACUACUUCAACAUGCCGGUCCAUAUGGUGCCCACCGAGCUGGUGGAGAAAGAAUUCUGGCGCCUGGUGAGCAGCAUCGAGGAGGACGUCAUCGUGGAGUACGGCGCCGACAUCAGCUCGAAGGACGUGGGCAGCGGGUUCCCCGUCCGAGACGGCAAGAGGAGGCUGCUGGGAGAUGAGGAGGAAUACGCCAACUCUGGUUGGAAUUUAAACAACAUGCCGGUGUUGGAGCAGUCGGUCCUCACGCACAUCAAUGUGGACAUCUCAGGCAUGAAGGUGCCCUGGCUCUACGUCGGCAUGUGUUUCUCCUCCUUCUGCUGGCACAUCGAGGACCACUGGAGUUACUCCAUUAAUUUCCUCCAUUGGGGCGAGCCGAAGACCUGGUACGGAGUGCCGGCGUCGGCAGCGGAGCAGCUGGAGGCGGUGAUGAAGAAGUUAGCUCCCGAGUUGUUUCAGUCGCAGCCGGACCUCCUCCAUCAGCUGGUCACCAUCAUGAACCCCAACAUCCUCAUGGAGCACGGUGUGCCUGUGUACAGGACCAAUCAGUGCGCAGGGGAGUUUGUGGUGACCUUCCCGCGAGCUUACCACAGCGGCUUCAAUCAGGGUUACAAUUUUGCCGAGGCUGUUAACUUCUGCACCGCCGAUUGGUUACCGAUGGGCCGUCAGUGCGUGGCCCACUACCGACGCCUUCAUCGCUAUUGCGUCUUCUCUCACGAUGAGCUGCUGUGCAAGAUGGCCGCCGAUCCGGAGAGCCUGGACGUGGAGCUGGCCGCCGCCGUCGUUAAGGAGAUGGGGGAAAUGUUGGACGAGGAGACGCAGCUCAGAAAGACAGUGCAAGAAAUGGGGGUGCUGUCUUCCGAGCAGGAAGUUUUUGAGCUGGUCCCCGACGACGAGCGGCAGUGCCACAAGUGCAAGACCACCUGCUUCCUUUCGGCGCUCACCUGCUCUUGUUCUCCGGAUCGACUAGUUUGUCUCCACCACGCGGCAGAUCUUUGCGACUGCCCUCUCAGCAACAAGUGCCUCAGAUAUCGCUACAAUCUGGAGGAGUUUCCCGCCAUGCUGUACGGCGUGAAGAAUCGUGCGCAGUCGUACGACACUUGGGCAAAAAGGAUCAACGAGGCCUUGGCUGCAGAGCAGAAGAACAAAAAAGAUCUAAUUGAGCUGAAGGUUUUGCUGGAGGACGCAGAGGACAGGAAGUACCCGGAGAAUUCUCUAUUCCGCCGCCUCCGAGAAAUGGUGAAAGAGGCCGAGACCUGCUCGUCCGUAGCUCAGAUGUUGCUCAGCCGUAAACAGAGACACAGCAGCCGCCUGCGUUCUGAGAGCAGUCGGACCCGAAGCAAGCUGACUGUGGACGAGCUCAAGGCCUUUGUGGAGCAGCUUUACAAGCUGCCCUGCGUCAUCAGCCAGGCCAGACAAGUGAAGGAGUUACUUGAGAACGUGGAAGAGUUCCACGAGCGAGCCCAGGUCGCGCUGGCGGACGAACUGCCCGAUUCCUCCAAGCUCCAGGCCCUUCUGGACAUGGGCAGCGGGCUAGAUGUGGAGUUACCUGAGCUUCCUCGCCUCAAACAGGAGCUCCAGCAGGCCCGUUGGCUCGAUGAGGUGCGCGUCACUUUGACGGAGCCUCACCGCGUCACCCUGGAGCUGAUGAAGAGGCUCAUCGAUUCCGGGGUCGGCCUCGCUCCCCAUCUCGCCGUGGAGAAGGCGAUGGCUGAACUGCAGGAGAUCCUCACCGUCUCUGAAAAAUGGGAGGACAAGGCCCGUGCUUGCUUGCAGGCCAGACCUCGGCACAGUAUGGUGACGUUGGAAAGUAUCGUGCUGGAGGCCAGGAACAUUCCAGCAUACCUACCCAAUAUUUUAGCUCUACGAGAUGCUCUGCAAAAAGCCAAAGACUGGACAGCCAAGGUGGACGCGAUUCAGAGCGGGAGUAGCUACGCUUACCUGGAGCAGUUGGAGAACCUGCUGGCUCGGGGUCGUUCCAUUCCCGUCCGUCUCGAUCCGCUGGCCCAGGUGGAGUCGCAGGUUGCUUCGGCGCGAGCCUGGAGGGAGAGGACCGGCCGCACCUUUCUCAAAAAGAACUCGACAUACACUCUACUCCAGGUUCUCAGUCCUCGCGUGGACAUCGGCGUGUACGGCAACAGCAAGAGCAAGCGGAAACGAGUGAGGGAGCUGAUGGAGAAAGACCGGGGAGGCUUCGACCCGGACAACUUGAGCGACGUGGACGAGAACCCGGAGGAGUCGCGAGACCCCUCCACCGUGGUCGCUGCCUUCAAAGCCAAAGAGCAGAAAGAGGUGGAAGCCAUCCACUCGCUUCGUGCCGCCAACCUGGCCAAGAUGGCCAUGGCGGAUCGAAUCGAGGAGGUCAAGUUCUGCCUCUGUCGGAAAACGGCCAGCGGGUUCAUGCUGCAGUGCGAGCUGUGCAAGGAUUGGUUCCACGGUGUGUGCGUGCCUCUGCCCAAGACGGGAACGCAGAAGAAGCUCGGCGCCGGUUGGCAGAGCAAUAGCAAGGACUCCAAAUUUCUCUGCCCGCUGUGUCAACGGUCCAGGCGGCCGAGGUUGGAGACCAUCUUGUCUCUGCUGGUGUCGCUGCAGAAGCUUCCUGUGAGACUACCAGAAGGCGAGGCCCUCCAGUGUUUAACUGAGAGGGCCAUGAGUUGGCAGGACCGGGCACGUCGAGCUCUGGCCACGGAGGAACUGUCGUCGGCUCUCGCAAAGCUGUCCGUUUUGAGCCAGCGCAUGGUGGAGCAGGCCGCACGGGAGAAGACGGAGAAGAUCAUCAACGCCGAGUUGCAGAAAGCCGCGGCCAACCCCGACUUGCAGGGUCACAUCCAGACCUUCCAGCAGUCAGGCUUCAGCAGAGCCACGUCGCCUCGCCAGUCUGUGGACUACGACGACGAGGAGACGGACUCAGAUGAGGACAUCCGGGAGACGUACGGUUACGACAUGAAGGACCCAGGUGAGGUGAAACCGUACCUCUUCUGCGACGACGAGAUCCCGGUUAAGUCCGAAGAGGUGGUUAGUCACAUGUGGCCGACGGCCACGCCUUCGUUCUGCGCCGAACACGCCUACUCCUCAGCUUCCAAGUCUGUCGUGCAAAAUGUGGGAACGCCAAGAAAGCAGCCCAGGAAGACUCCUCUGGUACCUCGCAGUCUGGAGCCGCCGGUGCUGGAGCUGUCUCCGCAAGCCAAGGCCCAGCUUGAGGAGCUGAUGAUGCUUGGUGACCUGCUGGAAGUGUCUCUAGAUGAGACCCAGCACAUUUGGAGGAUCCUGCAGGCCACGCAUCCCCCCUUGGAGGAGAGAUUCCUACAGGUUAUGGAGCCUGAUGACGGUCCAAUGGAGAAGUCUCUGAAAAUGAAGAUCAAGGAUUCAGAGAAGAAGAGGAAGAGGAAGCUGGAGCGAGCCGAGCACCACCAUCACCACCACCAUCACCAUCACAUGUUGAUGUCCUCGGCCGGGACGCUGGGCGGCGUGCGACCGUCCAAGUCCAAAGAACUAAAAAGAGCCGGCUUGGAGCUCAGCCUCGGUGGGAAAGCCAAGAAGAAGAAGCUGAAACUGGGCUUGGAUAAGAACCGGGAGAUGAAGCAGCUGGCUAAACGUUUAGCCAAGGAGGAGAAAGAGAGGAAGCGGAAGGAGAAAGCCGCCGCCAAAGCAGAGGCCAUCAGAGAAGGGCUGGAGAAGAGGAAGGAGAAGAAGAUUCUCGACAUCCCCUCGAAGUACGAGUGGUCCGGUGCCGAAGACUCCAACGACGAGAACGCCGUGUGCGCGGCCAAAAACUGUCAAAGACCGUGUAAAGACAAGGUGGACUGGGUCCAAUGCGACGGCGGCUGCGACGAGUGGUUCCACCAAGUGUGCGUGGGCGUCUCCUGCGAAAUGGCCGAGAACGAAGACUACAUCUGCGUGGACUGCUCCCUCAAGGCCGUCGGGUCCAGGCGGGGAGGCGGCUCGACCCAAACCCCCGAGGAAACCGUGGCGAUGCUAGCCGCGCCAGGACUGCUGGCGGCCGGCGCUUCUUGGCCCCGCCCCCCCGCCACCGCCGUCCAUCUAAACCCGCCGGAGGAACCUCCCCAGAACAGUUAGCACUACGUCGGGCUUGAAAGUCCAGGAUGGCAAUAGACCCUUUCCACGUAGAAGCCUAUUUCUCGAACUUCUUGCAUCAUCAACCUCAACACACAAAUAUUUGUCAGCGUUCUUGGACCCGACCAGAGUUUUAGCUCGAGCAACUGCUGCCCAGAUAUCUCCCACGCUUUCAAUAACCAAUCAACAAACUCCUCCAGACUUGUCUGGUUAGGUAAAAAUGGUUGUAAUGUAGUGGAAUUAUUUAUAAUGUAUAUAGCUUCCAAAGCAAUUAAAAUAAUGGGUUGUGGCAUUUUUGAUUUCUCACCUUUUAAUAAACUAUUGCUAGUCAAACAA